AUGCAGAUCUUCGUCAAGACCCUCACCGGCAAGACGAUCACCCUUGAGGUGGAGUCCUCGGACACCAUCGACAAUGUCAAGAGCAAGAUCCAGGACAAGGAAGGCAUUCCUCCUGAUCAGCAGCGCCUGAUCUUCGCUGGCAAGCAGCUUGAGGAUGGCCGCACCUUGUCCGACUACAACAUUCAGAAGGAGUCCACCCUCCACCUUGUCCUCCGCCUUCGUGGUGGUAUGCAGAUCUUUGUGAAGACUCUGACCGGCAAGACCAUUACCCUCGAAGUCGAGUCCUCCGAUACUAUUGACAAUGUCAAGUCGAAGAUUCAGGACAAGGAGGGUAUUCCCCCGGAUCAGCAGCGCCUGAUUUUCGCCGGCAAGCAGCUUGAGGAUGGCCGUACCCUGUCCGACUACAACAUUCAGAAGGAGUCUACACUGCAUCUCGUUCUGCGCCUGCGCGGUGGUAUGCAAAUCUUCGUCAAGACCCUAACUGGAAAGACCAUCACGCUCGAGGUUGAGUCGUCAGAUACCAUUGACAACGUCAAGUCUAAGAUUCAGGAUAAGGAGGGUAUCCCUCCGGACCAGCAGCGCCUCAUUUUUGCUGGUAAGCAGUUGGAGGACGGCCGCACACUCUCGGACUACAACAUCCAGAAGGAAUCUACUCUCCACUUGGUGCUCCGUCUCCGUGGUGGUAUGCAGAUUUUCGUCAAGACGCUCACUGGCAAGACCAUCACAUUGGAAGUUGAGUCCAGCGACACAAUCGACAACGUGAAGUCCAAGAUCCAGGACAAAGAGGGCAUCCCUCCGGACCAGCAGCGUCUCAUCUUCGCUGGUAAGCAGCUGGAGGACGGUCGCACGCUUUCCGACUACAACAUCCAGAAGGAGUCGACGCUGCACUUGGUGCUUCGUCUGCGUGGCGGACAGUAG